AUGGUCUUCUAUCCACCAUCAUGGGUGCCAGACCUACCUAUUGAUCCUCCAGACUCCGUCAGCGUCGCCGAGUUCAUGAGCUCGGAAGAGUAUGGUCGGUAUCCCAUUGCGACAGCCCGACAUCCAUACACCUGUGGAUUGACUGGAAAAACGCGUACAGUUGAAGAGGUUAUCCUUAGAGAGGAUUUCCUUGCGCGGGGCAUCGGCAAAGCCCUUCAACUGGACUCGCAAGCCGGGUCGGAAUGGGACCGCGUCUGCGUCAUAUUCUCUCUCAACACCAUUGACUACAUCCCCCUCACGCACUCCAUCCAUCGUUUGAAUGGCAUCGCCAGUCUGAGCAGCGCAGCUUUGUCAACAUCGGAGUUGGAGCACCAGCUCCGCGCCUCACGCGCAAAAGCUAUCUUUACUUGUGCGCCCCUUCUGGACACCGCGCUCAGAGCGACAGACGUGGUUGGUAUCUCUCGAAAAAAUGUAUUCCUCCUUCCAGUGCCCAACGCCACGAGCAGGCAUGGUUUCAAGACGAUUGACGACCUGAUCAAAGAGGGAGAGAGAUUGCCUGAGUUGCCUCCGCUACAAUGGAAGAAAGGACAAGGCGCUCGACAAACGGCCUAUCUGCUGUAUUCAAGCGGUACUUCUGGGUUGCCUAAACCCGUCAUGUUAUCACACUAUAACAUCAUAUCAGGCAUCAUACAAACAUGCACAUUCGACUCGGUCUCCCGAAAGACCGAUGGAGUCGAAACGCAAGUGAUGCUCGGAGUGUUGCCAUUCAGUCAUGUUUUCGGGCUGAUGCUCAUCGCUCAUUUAGGUACUUACCGCGGCGACGAGAUCAUCGUUAUGCCUCGCUUUGAGUUCGAGCCCUUCCUGUCGGCGGUCAGUCGCUUUCAGAUACAUCAGCUUCCAAUUGUUCCCCCAAUCGUGAUUCAGAUGCUGGACAGGAGGGAACUCUGUCGCAAGCACGACUUGAGCAGUGUCAGGUUUGUGUAUACCGGCGCUGCACCGCUCGGAAAAGAAACAGUGGAUGAUCUGUUGAGCCUUUAUCCAAAUUGGCGUCUUGGACAAGGCUACGGAAUGACAGAGACGGCGACUGUGUUUAUACAAAGCAGCGAACAUGAUACAGAAGUCGGCACAACUGGAUCAUUACUUCCAGCAGCCAAGGCUAAGAUCGUCGAUCCAGAUGGUAAAGAGAUUACGGAAUACGAAAAGCCAGGGGAGCUACUGAUUCAGAGUCCAACGGUGUCUCUUGGAUACUUCAAUAACCCCAAGGCUACCGCCGAGACUUUCUUUGUGGAAGCUAACGGCCGCUGGAUUCGAACGGGGGAUGAAGUGCUGGUUCGCAUGUCCGAGAGCGGCAAUGAACAUUUCGUUGUUGUUGAUCGAGGCCACCAAGUUGCGCCAGCUGAGCUCGAAUCACAUCUCCUCACCCAUCCCGCCGUGAGCGACUGCGCAGUCAUCCAGAUUCCCGAUGCAAGAGCCGGCGAGGCUCCGAAAGCAUUUGUAGUCAAAGCAAAACAUACAAGUCAGUCUGAGGAGGAACUUGUGAGGGAUAUACAACGAUAUGUUGAGGAGCAUAAAGCUAGAUAUAAGUGGCUGAAGGGUGGAGUGGAGUUCAUUGAAGCGAUACCGAAGAGUCCAACUGGGAAGAUUCUGAGACGCAAGCUGAGGGAUAGGGAGAGGGAAGCUAGAAAGUCUGAAGGAGCAAAGUUGUGA